CACUGCCUUACAAGAAGGACAUGAUGGAAGUUGACGGCAAUGAACAUAAUCUUGUGCUGAAAAUUCCAAUCAUAAAUACUGUGGUGACAUUCGAUGGAAUUGCCUUCACUAUCAAGAUGCCUUACACCUUAUUUGGCAAUAACACACAGGGACAAUGUGGAACCUGCAAUAACAACCAGGCGGAUGACUGCAUGCUUCCUGGAGGCCAGCUGGUCAAGGACUGUGCUGUGAUGGGAGACCACUGGGUGACACAGAAGAGCAAGCCCCUCUGCCCCACACCUGCCCUGCCCACUAGCAGCCCACCAAACCCACCGCCUACUGGACCCUGCAAACCAGAUUCUGUCUGUGGCCUCCUCAAGAGCACGGUGUUUGCAGCGUGCCACAAACUGGUCCCUCCAGAGCCUUUCUACCAGGGCUGCGUGUUUGACAGCUGCAAUGUGAUUGACCCCUCCAUUGAGUGCUCCAGCCUGCAGGCCUACGCCUCCAUGUGUGCACAGCUGGGCGUCUGUGUGAGCUGGAGAGAUGCCACGAAAGGGAAAUGCCCCUUUCCCUGCCCUUCCAAUAUGGUCUACAAGCCAUGUGGUCCUAUCAGUCCACACACUUGCCAGGACAACCCAUCUCAAAACCAGGGACCCCAACCAGCAGAGACAGAGGGCUGCUUCUGCCCAGCAGGCUCGAUCUUGUACAACAAGCACACUCACGUCUGUGUGGAGAAGUGUGGAUGCCUGGACCCAGAGGGCAAACCUCGGGAGUUCGGGGAGACAUUUGAGUACAACUGCCAGAACUGUAUCUGUGACAUCAACACGAAAGGAGUGAGGUGUGAGCCAAAGGAAUGUCCAGUGAAGCCCAAACCUGACUGCAGUGGGCCAGGCUUUGUCACCACCAGUGAGACCAGCUCGACGGACCCCUGCUGCAAGGAGCUUGUCUGCAGAUGUAAUGCCAGCACCUGCCCACCCACUCAGACGGACUGCCCAGUGGGAUUCAAGCCUACUGUCGUUAUCCCUGAUGGGAAAUGCUGUCCAGAAUAUACAUGCGAUCCAAAGGACGUUUGUGUGCACAACAAUACAGAAUACCAGCCGGGAUUCAGUGUUCCAGUGGAUAAAUGCCAGCUGUGCUCCUGCACCAAGGAUAUGGAUCUCUCAACCCAUCUCGGCAUUAUCAGCUGUGUACCCCUGCCCUGUAACAGGACCUGUGAAGAGGGAUUCAAAUAUGUGGAGUCUACCGGCGACUGCUGCGGGAAGUGUGUGCAGACUCACUGUGUCAUCCAAGUGGGCGGCACCAUCCACGUACUCAAGCCUGAAGACAAAUGGUCGCCUCCUGGAGACAAGUGUGAGGUGCACAGCUGUCUGAAGAUCAGCAACACCUUCGUCUCCACCAAGGCCACCACUCAGUGCUCUCCCUUCCACGAGAACAACUGUCAGCCGGGAACGAUUGUGACUGCUCCAGACGGGUGCUGUAAGGCCUGUGUGGAGAAACAGAAGGCCUGUAAGGUGUCCACUUUGAAGACUCACAUCACGGAUAAGGGCUGCCAGUCCCAGGAAAUGAUCGAGAUGACGCACUGUCAGGGUGCCUGUGACACCUACUCCAUAUACUCUGCUGUGGCCGCCAACAUGCAUCACAAGUGCACCUGCUGCCAGGAGGUGAAGACUCAGAACCGCACCAUCCAGCUGAUCUGCCCCGACGGGACCACCAGGCCCUACACCUACAUCCACGUGGAGAAAUGCGACUGCCGCACCACAAACUGCGACCAGCCAGCCUCUGCUGUGCAGCUUCCCGGCAAGCGGAACCGGCGAUCGGCUCUCAGCACAGGGACGAUCUUCUACAGGCACUGAGCUGCGCAACCCAGCCACGCUCGCCAGCGCUAGGCUCCGGAUAGCAACGACACUGCUGCGCUUUGAAAGCACUUCUUAACAAAUACUGGGUUUAAUUUAUUGUUGAUUUGAGACUUUAAACUAAUCAAUUAUUCUCCAAAGUGGUAAAAUCUAUAUGCUUUGCUUGUGCAAAUAAAAAGCAACUUCAAAACCA